GGAAGUGUUGCCACCCGGAAUAAAUAUGAAGUAACACUAAACAAAGCAAAACAGACGCGAUUUUGCAAGAGCGUUUGUAGAUUAACUGUUGUUGUUUUCUUUCUGUGAGAUUUAUGCAUCAUAAAUCCGGUUAAAUUGAAGGGUGCCCAUCUCAAUUACAUGUUGAAAAUUUCAUAUUUUUUUUAAAACGCUAGAAUGCUCACUAUUGGUAACAACACAUCUUGAAAGCGUUGUUUGGGCACUGUGAGUGUAAAGCUGCUAUUUUUUCCUACGUUUUUUUUUUUUUUUUUUAUAAGAUUGAAGAAUGAAGCGAUCGUGUCCCUCUUUAGAUUCUUCUGGAAUCUGUGGAAAAAAUAUAAAAUUAUUCCAAUCUGAAGAUUUAACCAAAAGUGUUCAACAUCUUCAACAUGACCUGGAUUAUGAACGAGCCAUCCAAAAACUUGAGAAACGCUUUGAGAAGAUUUCAAAGAGAGCAGAAAGAGCACUCACCGCCCUGAGAUUAAACAAAAAGAGUUUGCUGCUGCCUUGCGAUGAUGACGACGUCAUUAUGAUAGAUUGCGAUGAUGAAUUGGUGCCACACACUGCAGAAAAAAGCAGCAGAAAAGAGGAAAGAGAAAAUGGGAACAACGACGUCUUGGAUACCACCGAAAUUCAAAAGGAGUUGAAUCAAACAAAAGAAGAUCUACCACAUAUAAUGAACACCCUAACCGAGGAAUGUGAUAGUCAGUCUGCUUCUUCUUCUAAGAGUGAGCCCCCGACUACGCCGAUGAAUGAAGAAUCCAUCUCUAGCUGCCAUGGCAACAACAUCCAGCAGACAAACCCACAGCAGAAUGAUUCUGGGUAUCCUCCUUUGCCCAUUAACCCUUUCCCGGCUAACUUGACCAUGGAGGCGUUGUCGUACAACAUCCCCCAUAAAGUGAGCGUCCAACUGGCUCUUAUCGAAAAUCCCCCCAGCCUCUCAGUGAUGUGGACUGCGGAGGAAAUUAAACUCUCUUUACCACAGAUGCAGAGCUACAGCAUUUACCUAACCAUGGAAAAGGUCAAGGGAAGCGGAAUUUUGCCAGACUGGAAACUGUUGGGCAACGUGCCGGCCAAAUCUCUGCCCAUGUGGGUGACCGUCACUAAGUACAAAAAGGGGCACAAGCUGUGUGUCGUCGUGGUAGGCAAGGACAUUUUUGGCCGCUACGGACCCUAUAGUGACGUUGUAGCUGCAGUCGUUCCCGAGUAGCCCCAGAGAACCUCAUGGAAUCAAAUCUGAAGUACACGUAUAUGUUCUGUUUUUCCUGCACACUAAUAAAGUUUUCACAGUAUCUUUUUAAA